CGCUUGACACCAGGGCGUGCUGCGUGGAAGGAGAGAGAGCCGUGGGGCAAGAAGGGCAUGGAAGGAAAGGCGACAAUACCAUCGAGUAGCAGGGCUGCUUUUGGGGUUCGGGAGACAGCGAAGGUCAAGAUCAGAGGGGUUUCCCAAAAACAUCGUUGCAAUCUCUACUAUAUCUACCCAAAAAACGACUUUGACCAAGACGCUGCAAUGAUAGCGUUGAAAGAAGCUCCUGGAGAGGCUAUAGGCACCUACCCCAAAUCGAUAUUCUACCAAGGCUUGGAGCAGCAAUGGCCCAUGGACUUGGACAGAGUCGCUACUCCACCGACUCCGUUGCCUCCCUCCAAUUGGACCUCGGCUCUGCCCAACAACAAAUCCAGCUACGUCCAGGCUCCCUCCACCAUGGCAGAGCUACGAUCCGGUCUGCAAACGGCAAUCGUCAGGUUGGUUUCCGGCAAGGGAAAAGGAAAAGCCGUCGAUCAGGAUAUCCAAGGCGGAAGUGCCACGCUGGUUAGAACCGCGCUCAAAGGAGCGCUUUUACAGCAAAGGCUUACCUCGGACGAUAGGCCCGUGAAGCGAGGUACAUCCCUCCCGCUCGGCAUCAGGCCGCCUACCCCGUCAAUCAAUACGGCUCGCAACACAGAGGUCACUGCGGCGAGUCUCGGAUACGAAGCGAGUCGGAAGGAAGAGGAGGGUCUGAGGGAGUCGGAAGCGGCCAAACUGCAGGUACAGUGCCCGAACGGAACGUGCGUCUAGC